UCUUCCCCAAUUUUUAUCCCGUCUACCUUUUUGAGGUGGGUUGAUCCCCUAGAUGUGCGAGUGCAUUGCAUAUGAAGUGUGCAGUCACGGAAUUUGGGUUUUCAAACUGUUCUAGGGUAGGCACGAUUUAUGUGAUAACUUAGGAGUACAGCUGGCAGAUCUCAGCAUCAAAAUGCUGAUGUGUGGUAGGAUGAAGAUGCACAUUGGCAUGAGUGAUUGUCAACUCUCCUUUAUAUUUAAUUUGAUUCCCAUUGAUUCAAACCCUUGUAUGCAUCCUACUGCUGAAGGGAAUUUUCACUCUAGUUGAAUCAUGAAGUUACCCCAUUGCCAUGACAAGGCUUUUGUUUAUUUUGUGGUCAUGAUGUUAAUCAUGUCAGUGAUGGUAAGGCAGGGCCAAGGGCACACCUGUAGCAACACGUUCUUCUCAGCACUGGUGCAGCUUUUACCAUGCAGGACUGCGGUUUCCCCAUUCAGCCCUAUCCCACCAAGCGAGACAUGCUGUAAUGCCAUCAAAACUUUGGGACAGCCUUGUUUAUGUGUGCUUGUCAAUGGCCCCCCUAUAUCUGGUGUUGAUCGAAGCAUGGCCUUGCAGCUCCCUGACAAAUGUGCCACCAAUUUUGAUCCAUGUGAGUUAGCAAGGAAGUAAUAUUUGGCAGGGUGAGCUCUGAAGAUAAUGUAAUAAAUAAUAGAGUUCUUAGAAAUGCCACUUAUAAUAUUUCCAUAUAAUGCAUGAUGUAAUAAGGGGGAGAAUAUGUAUUAGCUUCUUUUAAAAUUUCAUCCCCUUUGCAUGUCUACUUUCUCAAGCAGCUGCUCAUAUUGUAGCUUGUGUUUGAGAUCCUGGAAAAUAUUAGGGUGUAAUGUUCUGCUCUAAUUUAUCAAAAGAUAUGGCUAUUUGGCCAACUAUUAGCUA